AUGACUUUACGCGAGGCUGUGCCUCUGACAUCUUUCCCGGCUGUGGCCGGGGCUGUCGCGGCUUCCCCUGCUGAUGAAACCUGGCAGAGCCUUCCAACCCAGCUCUGCACCGAGUUCUGUGGGGAUGACCCACCGGUCCUCAGAAACGCCACAUUCAAGGCCCUCACCUACAAGAUCGGCACCAUGCUGAACUGUGAAUGCAAGAAAGGCUUCCGCAGAAUCAGCAAAGGGUCGCUCUUCAUGGUUUGUAAAGGAAACUCGAGCCACUCUUCCUGGGAAAACAAAUGUCACUGCGUCAGUACUUCUUCUGGGAACACAGGAAAACCAGUUACUCCUAAACCUGAAGAACGGAAGGAAAGAAAACCAACAGAAAUGCCAAGCCGAACGCAGCCCAUGGGCCCAGCUCACCUUCUAGAUCACUGCAGGGAGCCUCCACCCUGGGAACAUGAAGCUCCAGAGAGAAUUUACCAUUUCGUGGUGGGGCAAACGGUUCACUACCAGUGCACCCAGGGAUUCAGGGCCCUACGGAGAGGUCCUGCUGAGAGCGUCUGCAAAACGAUCUGUGGGAAGACACAGUGGACACAGCCCCAGCUCAAGUGCACAAGUGAAAGGAAGGACAGUGAGUUUGCAGGUGACGAAGAGCCUCAAGCAAGCACUGAUGCUCCUCCCGGGAGUGAAACCUCCUGUCCCUUAACAACGACAGGUACCACAGAUUUUCAAAUACACACAGAAGCGGCUACAACCAUGGAGACGUUCAUAUUUACAACCGAGUGUCAGAUGGCAGUGGCCGGCUGUGUUCUCCUGCUGAUCAGUAUCCUCCUUCUGAGUGGGCUCACCUGGCAGCGGAGAUGGAGGAAGAGUAGAAGAACAAUCUAGAAAACCAAGAGUAGUAAGAAGCCAAGAACAGCCCACAGAAGUCAUAGAGUGCUAGCAAAAUCGAAGAAGCUCAACACUCACCCAAGAGGCGCCUCCUGAGACCCCCUGGGUUUUGGAAAGCUCUGAAGUCACAUCAUUGAAUACCAGGCACUGCGACCCCAUCAUGAAGCCAGCUCUGUAGAAUCACUGAGUGAGCUCGACCUGCAUCUAAGCAGCAGUUCCAAGGUCACUGGAGGAACAGGGAGGAACAACCAGAACUCUCAGUCUUACUUUCAUGUAUUUGUGUUCAUUAAAGCUUGACCUCAUGGAACUCUCUCCACACCAUAUAUAGUAUAAAGAAGAGCGGCUUCAUGUUCAUUUCAUCCCAACUUCCCAGUUUAGAAAGCCCAAGGAAAACCCUAGCACUAAUGUAAAUAGACACACACACACUCCCUACCCCGUGUAACUGGACCUUGUCCGUGAUCCACGUACAUCCUUUCCCAGCCUCUGGUUGACUAGCCCAUUCUUCUGGUCACGUUUCUGAAUGAAAGCUCUCUAAGAACUCUGAUGGGUAAUGAUGAAUCUUUUCGUCCUGAGCUCAGUCCUCUAAACUAGCCCCCUUCCACUGAGCCUUUAAUUUUGGAUUUCUAAAGAACAGAGGCCAUGGCAGAAUAAUCUUUGGGCCAACCAAGGGGCCAUAUGAGGCCAACCAAGCCCUUGGAAUUGUAGAGCUUCAGUAUUUGAAGGGAUUUUACUGGAGUUAAUGUCGGGAAAAGAAGGAUAAACUAGGUCCCAGGCAAUGAAUUAUACCCAUCAGAAAGUUUCACCUAUACAUGUCUAAUAGGCCUUUUUAAGAGUCAGUUUCUUUGGGAUUGCUAUAAAUGAUACUCUGAAUUUGGCCUGAACAAAUUUGAUGUUUACAGACAGACACACGAUGUGCAAAUGUGUACACUUACAAAUAAGUGUCAUAAAAACACUGAUAAGGAAUCAAUACAUUUAAUGUUUAUGGAAGGAAGGAAAGACAGAAGAAGAAAGUGAGGAGGGGGAGGGAGAUCAUACUGACAGAAUAUAGCUAUGGAAAAGGUCA